AUGAGUUGUCCUCCACUCGGCGAGUUUCAUAUCGGUUGGAUCUGCGCCCUUCCAAUAGAGGCUGCCGCAGCCAGAAUGAUGCUCGAUAAAGAUUUUGGAGUUCUCGGUGAACAGGAUCCGAGAGAUUCAAAUGUCUACAGGUUGGGAACAAUCGGCAAACACAACGUUGUGAUUGCCUGCCUACCUGCAGGACAAAUUGGACCGGUCAUAGCUGCCACAGUCGUUAAUAAUAUGGUUCGCACAUUUUCUACCUUGGAGUUUGGCAUAAUGGUUGGUAUUGGAGGGGGCAUUCCGUCUGCUGACCAUGAUAUACGCCUUGGUGAUAUUGUCAUUGGCUGCUCGUUUGAUGAUUCGAGAGUGGUAGUUCAACAUGACACGGUAAAGUACGUCGCGGGUGGUGAGCUUUAUCGGACUGGUUUCUUCAACAACCCUCCUCGGCCAUUGUUGGCAGCGACCCACGCGAUGAGGACUGCUCACCUGGCAAAGAAUCCUCGUUAUACGCAAUACAUGCAAGAUGCAACCGUGAGGGAUACCCGGACUGGGAAAACCUUUAGUCGACCUAGUGCGCAAACAGAUCGAUUGUUCAAAGUUGAGUAUGGACAUUCUGCUCGCACAGCUGGCUGUGAGGAAUGCCCGAAAGGGUGGGAGGUGUCUAGACCUGAACGUGAAUGCAAUGAUCCGCGGACGCACUACGGUAUCAUCGCUUCUGGGAGUGCCGUUAUAAAGGAUGGACGGAAAAGAGAAAAUAUUCGGUUGAAAACUGGGGCUCUGUGUGUUGAAAUGGAGGCAGCGGGUAUGGUGGCCGACUUUCAUUGCCUCGUUAUCCGCGGUAUCUGCGACUAUUCGGAUUCCCACAAGAACAAGCAAUGGCAAGGAUAUGCAGCCCUCGCGGCCGCAGCGUAUGCCAAAGACUUGCUGGGGUAUGUACCCAAAGGCAAUUCUUCGAAGGAGGUGCACGCAAAGGUUAUUCUACGAAAAUUUUAGCUGAAGAAGUUUAGAGAGCCGCCAAUCAGCGAUUUGAGAGAGCAUUCAAUCAAACAGAACAACUCUAUCGCGAGGAUACGGCUAAAGUGUUGGCUGAUGAGCGGCGACUGUGUCACCAGGCUUGCAAAAUAUCCAAUUAUGAGCGACAGAAGGACAUCAAUCCGUAUAGACUACCAGACAUGUAGCAUCCAAAUUACCCCCGCUGGCGGGACAGAUUUAUUACUGUGGAUAUCAGCUAGCCCUCUGGCUGUUUUGUAAUCCGUCCUAGCGAGAUCCCCUGUCGACGAGGACCGACCUGAAAGAAACUUGGUGGGCAAUAAUUUUGUUUAUUAUUCUUUUAAGUUAUCGGAGUUCAUGGUAUAUAAAAUUCUUUAACCUUUGAUAUUCCGUGGUCUUCCCGCUCAUGCGUAUUUCUUAUCUACGGUACAAAGUACAUGUACAUUAAUCCGUACACACAACUACGUCAUUUCACCAUUUGCAACCCUCAUUUCUUCAUUUUUAAAUCGGCACAGCUCAGCAGGGAAUUCUGAAACAAACUGGCAACAACUUCUAUAUAUAUAUAUAAUCGCAUGAGGGGGCUGAACAUCUAUCCGUGAACUCACUUGUGAUUGAAGCUAUUGAAUUCCUAAUAUACAUAUCAAAUAUCUUGCUCUUUUCCAUAUCUCUGUGUUUAUUUAUAGCAACACUUAUUGCGGGGCCGCAUGUCAGCGACAAUUAGCCUCCCUUUCUUCAUUUUUCGUCAUUUUUUUCACUUUUAAUUUUUAAAGUUAAAGGAAUCAACAAAUCCUUCAACAGCAGUUUAAUUAAACAUAUCAUUUCUUAUGAGUGUACUAGUAGUCUUGUCUUCACAGUAUGAUGAUGUUCUGUCAUGUUCGGGACAUCUCAGUAUUCUUCAUUAAUUUUCAUAUUGCAAUUUUUUCUCUUGCCACUGUCCUCUUUUCUUUUUCUCAUCGUUGUUUAGCGCGGCAAGGGAGGUUGAAUGGACCCUGUAGAGGCGCAAGGGGCAGGGAGGGACGUUAUCGAAGCCAGAAAUAGCCGGUUGAGCCGCCACCCGAGCCGGCUCGUUUUGGAUUUGGAAUUUGCCCUGCUGUUGCGGCCACGCAUGGCGAAACUCCUGUAACUAAUAAUAAUAAAGAAUUAUGCGGUCCGUCAGUUCCCGGAUUCGCUGCUGGACCAUAGUGUCGUGUCGAAGCACAUCGCUAGAUGUGCACUCCCAGAGUAAAGCCGAGACAAAAGAGCUCCUGUUCGGAAACGCGGGCGUGUCCAUUGGACCUCGAAAGUUAAACACCGCCCCUUGGCAGCUACAUACGUAUAGCAGAGCUGGGGUGGAAGCAGCUGUUUGGACGUAAAAAAAUAGAGAAAAUAAAGAUAUAAGGGGGAAAACGACAUCACUACUGUACUGCACGGCACCCUCAGUACGGAGUACAUAAAAAGAAAAGAAAAACAAAGGCUGGUAAAUGAGAUAGGCUGGAUUGGAGGCACUCGAGAAAAAGCGGCCUUGCCAG